UAACUGGCCACGCAUUUAUAAAUCUUGAAAAGGUUAGUGUAGAGUCAGUGGCACAUGAAUGAGUGAAGUAACAGGAAACUUCAAGAGAGAGGAAGCACUUUUAGGGCAGAUGUUUAAAUUACUAUUUCUAUUCUUCUAAGGAUUUGAAUAUUUAUAUCUUAAGUCAUAAAAAUACACACACUUGAGGGGAAGAAAGAAGUUCAGUUUUUGAUAUUUUUAUGAUUGUAGUGGGCGAAUCUAUCAUCAGAGUGUUUUUCUGGUCUGUCAGGCAAGAAAGAGCAAACAUAUGUUAGCUUCAUCAUGGAAUUUUUCCCAUGGCACCAGAAGUCAAUGUAUAUGUACUUAUGUUGAUAUACAUUUAGGGGUUGCUUCAAGUAGUCAUUAACAGAAGCUUAUGUUAAUUUAAAACAUGUAAACCAGAAUUGAUUUAUAUUAAGUAUAGAACUUUCCAUAUCACCUCUGACUUUGAAAGGCUGGUACUUCUGGUGUCUUUGAUUUAUUUUUUUCAUGGAAUGUAUUCCUUCAAGUUCAUGAUCAUAGUCAGUGAAUUUCUAAGCACCUGAUUUUCUUUAACAUGAAUUUUUCUGUCUGCUGAGAUGACAUAAUAAAAUCUUGCUCACAUAAGCUAGAACUAUGAGAAAGAUGUGGAAUUUCAUAUUUAAAUUCAGUAAUGGCUUGCUGUUUCAUUUAAAUCAGUUUUAACAAAUUAAUGUAGCUUUCUUUAUUCUUAGAAGUGAUUGGAUAAUAUAUUAAUCAAAUUUUACUUAAUUCUUUCCCUGAAUUUAAGAACUUGGAAAGAUGGCUGCGUUCUGCACUGUGAAAUCAAAGUCCAGAGACCAUUUAAGGGACAAUAAUUGCAGAAAACAAAUAAAGAAGAGGAGCCUUAAAGAAUACAUAGAGAUUUUGAAACAAGAAGUGUGAAACAAAUCCUUGUCCUGCUCAGGCCCCCCAGCUGUGCAACAUGAUCUAAAACUGUUAAUUAGACUUGUAAUACUUUGACAAAUUCUUCCAGCUGACCUAACCCUGAGAUGUAAAAUACGUGAUGUCCACACAACUAUGCUUGCAACUGUCACCCGCUUCAAACUUUUUAAGAAUUAACCCUGGGGGUUUGCCCUUUUCCCACGGUGAACUGAACUAAUUUGCAAUGUUGUCAGACUGCAAAGCAGUGGGAAAAAAAGCUAGUACUUAUCUUACAUUUAGGACUAAAGGAGAGGAACCUAGACAUGUACACCUGCUUCGGAAAAUGCUGCAAUUAAAAUGGAUUGCACAUCAACACUAAUAAUUUGGUGACUUUGGAGGUGUGUCCCUUCAAAACUAGUGUUUGAUUUCAUGAAUAUAUAGGUCCCUGACCUUGGCCUGAUGGACAAGGGAAGUUAAAACUGCAAGCACUUACUAUUCCUUUCAGUGCAUCAGUGAAAGGAUGUUAGUAAUAUUAAAUGGAUGAACACACCUUAACUAAUAUUUAAAUUAUGGAAGGUAUGAUGUAUGCCAUUUUAUAGUAAACAGUUUACUUAAUAAUACAGUUUUUUUAUGUUAGUAAAAAUCUGAAAUACUAUGAUUGGAAGAAAAAGCAUUAAUUUUUUUUAUGUAUAAUAAACAUGCAUCAGUGUAUUGUAUGCUUGCUACUAGAAUUUAUUUUAUUUGGUUACAAUUAGCAAAUAUUAGUAAACAUGAACCUACAGACUGGUUAUGCCCUAUAUUCCCUGAACUACUCUAUUGAAACACAAUUUUACUCUUCCUCAUCUUUUUCCAGCUUCCAGAUAAUAACAAGAGGGCUGCUGCUCAUCAGCAGUUGUGUACAUUCCAUAUGCCAGGUUAUGAAUUUUAUUAUAGAGAAGUAAAAUUGAACAGAAUGUGGAAGUUGCCAAAAAUUAUUAAUAAAAAUUGUCAGAAAAACCAAGAUUGCUUUCAAGUUGGGAGUGAAGUGUUCUGUAGAUACACUCAGUCUUUACUUUUCUAGAGAUCGUAAUAUUUAUACCAAGAUCCUAGAUCCCACAAUAAAAUAUGUUGUAAGAAGUAGACUAAACAAGAGUUACCAGGCCAUAUUGCCUAGCAGUGAUUUCUUUAAUUCUCAUUUAACUUCUCUUUCUAGCUUCUGUGUUCUUUGAAGAUUCUCACACAUAAACCAUAAAAAGUGUGUUGAUAUUAAAGCUUGUAUUUCCUCCCUACUACAAUAUAAAAUUUUUCACCCAUCCUCAGUCUUUCAUUACUAUUUUAUUCAAAGAAAGUAUAACCAAGAGUCUCAUUCGGAGUUUAGUUCCAAGACUUAAGUUCAUCAAGAUGAACAAGGUUCUCACAUUAUUUUUAUGCUGGUCAUUGGGGAAGAUUGAAGAGAGAUUAAAAGAUGAAAAGAGGACUGUGUACCGCACUGGACAUGAAUGGAGUCUUCAUAGUCCAUCGGACCUGAUGAUAUGAAUCCCAGAGUCCUGAAGGUAUUGCCUGAUGAAGUUCCCAAGCUGCUCUCCAUGAUAUUUGAAAGAUUAUGGCAGUCAGUUGAUAUGACAAAAAGGGAAACAUACCUAUUUUUGAAAAGAACAGAAAGAACAAACUCUGGAAACUAACCUGUCAGCUUCACCUCUGUGCCUGGAAAGAUCAUGGAACAGAUUCUCCUAGCAAUUGUGCUGAGACAUUUGGAGGACAAGGAAAUGAUUUGUGACAACCAGCACAGCUUCUCCAAGGCAUUUGAAAAUUUAGUGCCACAUCAGAAUGACUUGCAACAGAAUGACAGCAGAUUUCAGAGCCUUCUGAAACACAAUCCAAGAUGGUAACAUAUAAGAGAGCUCAUGUGCAUGAUGCAGAGCAGCUGAGAGCUCAGAGCCUCCAAGAAGAGCCCAAGACACUGAAAAGGAGCCAUGUCUACUGGUGCACCAUGUUCAGGGGAGGCCUUUGGGGGGAAAGCCGCGACUCUGCACUUCAGCCAGGAGAUUUGGAGUCAAGGAAGGUUUCUGAAAUCACUGGAGACUGCCUGAGAACAGACCGUGUGAGCCCUUGAUCUGAUACUUCCUCCCGAGGAAAGACAGGCAUCAUGAAACAGAGAUUCAUUUCAUCAGUUCAAAUCAUUUUGCAGCUUGCUCUGACUACAGUAGGUCUGACUGGUCAGUCGUAUCCUGGAAAACCUCAGAUAAUAAGAUGUCGUUCUCUAGAAAAGGAAACCUUUUCGUGUUGGUGGAAGCCUGGCUCAGAUGGAGGACUUCCAAACAACUACACCCUGUUCUACAGCAAGGACAGUGAAGAAAAAAUCUAUGAAUGUCCAGACUACCUAACAUCAGGUCCAAAUUCCUGCUACUUCAAUAAAAACCACACCAAUCCCUGGACAACCUAUAUUAUCACUGUAACGGCAACAAAUGAGAUUGGAAGUAACAGCUCAGAUCCUCAGCAUGUGGAUGUAACUUCCAUAGUUCAGCCAGAUGCUCCAGUGAAUCUCUCUCUAGAAACAAACACAUCUGCCAACAUGUCAUACAUUUGGGCAAGAUGGUCUCCACCCCCAUUAGCUGAUGCCAGCUUUAAUUCACAUGUAUAUCACUAUGAGCUUCGACUAAAGCCUGAGGAAAAGGAAGAGUGGGAGACAGUAUCUGUAGGAAUGCAGACGCACUACGAGGUGACCAGCCUGCAAGCUGGGGUGAAGUACAUCGUCCAGGUGCGUUGCAUGUUAGACCUUGGAGAAUGGAGCGAGUGGAGCUCAGAAAGAAGCAUUCAGAUCCCUAAAGAACGGUUACCUCCCGAAAAGCCUACAAUAAUAAAGUGCCGUUCUCCUGAAAAAGAAACAUUUACUUGCUGGUGGAAACCUGCUUCAGAUGGAGGACUCUCGACCAACCACACGUUGCUUUACAGCAAAGAGGGAGAAGAAAAAGUUCAUGAAUGUCCAGAUUACAAAACUGCAGGCCCCAAUUCGUGCUACUUCGAUAAAAAGCACACCUCUUUCUGGACCAUAUACAAUAUUACUGUGAGGGCAACUAAUGAAAUGGGAAGUAAUGUCUCUGAUCCUCAUUAUGUGGAUGUGACUUACAUAGUUCAGCCAGAUCCUCCUGUGAAUAUAACUCUGGAAUUAAAAAAGUCAAUAAAGAGAAAACCGUAUCUGGUCCUGACAUGGUCUCCACCCCCACUAGCUGAUGUCAGAUCUGGAUGGCUUACCCUUGAAUAUGAAUUGCGACUAAAGCCUGAAGAGGGAGAGGAAUGGGAGACUAUUUUUGUUGGACAACAAACACAAUAUAAAAUGUUUAGUUUAAAUCCUGGAAAGAGGUACAUUGUACAGAUUCACUGCAAACCAGAUCACCAUGGACUUUGGAGUGAGUGGAGCCCAGAAAUGUAUAUUGAGAUCCCUACUGACUUCAGAGUAAAAGAUAUGGUUGUAUGGAUCAUCGUUGGUGUCCUGUCAUCCCUUAUAUGUUUAACCAUGAGCUGGAUAAUGAUUAUGAAAGGGUACAGAAUGAUGGCCUUUAUCCUGCCACCAGUUCCAGGACCAAAGAUAAAAGGCAUAGAUACACAUCUGCUAGAGACAGGAAAAUCUGAAGAAUUACUGAGUGCUCUUGGUUGCCAUGGUUUCCCUCCAACAUCAGACUGCGAGGAACUACUGAUAGAAUAUCUGGAGGUGGAGGACAGUGAGGAUCAGCAGCUCAUGCCAAGUCAUGACACUCAUUGUAAAAAUACAAAAAUUAUACUCAAGGAAACAGACAGUGACUCAGGCCGAGGGAGCUGUGAUAGCCCUUCUCUCCUCCCUGUGAAGUGCAGGGAAUCCCACAGCCUUCCAUCUGCUCUUCAAACACAAGAUGUAAGAGCUAAAGAAAAAAAAGGAGGAAAAGGGAGCUGGGAAACUCAGUGUACGGCCUCAGAACAGAAAACGCUCCCUUGUAACAGUGAGAGUAAAAAGUCGUGCACGUGGCUGGCAGCUCAGUUACCCAGUAAUCAGGCUGCUAUGUUUGCCUACCACAGCACUGUGGAGGCAUUCAGGAUAACACUGAACACCACAAAUGUGAACACUUCACCAGUUUUGGUGGGAAAUGAAGAAAAUCGUCAGUCGCUGUAUCCCAUUGCUGAAACUGCGUAUGAUGGCAUGGAAAAGAUAAAUGAGAUGGAAUAUUCCAAAACUGACCAAACCACAGUGCAGGUCAGACAAAACCAACAAAAUGACAAGUCGCCUUUCCUGAAUCCUAAACUAAUGGACUAUGUAGAAGUUCAUAGAGUCAGACAAGAUGAGGAACCGACACUAUUACUGAAACAUAAAGAAAAUAGUGGAAAGACCAAAAAAUGCACUGUUCCAGGAACCAGCAAAGAAUAUACCAAGGUCUCAACAGUUAUGGACCAUCACAUUUUAGUAUUAUUGCCAGAUCAGCGCACCCAAAACACACCUGUGUCUCAAGAACCUGUAGCAGAAACAUCUGAGAACCCUCAGCAAAGUCAAGCUGAGAAGAAUACGAGCUACAGCACGACAGCUCCAAGUGAUUCCACAAGAGACACCAGUGGAUCAGACUACAUGGACCCAUCUUCCUUUAUGCCCUCCUUUAAAUAACCUAUUAGUACAGCACAUACUUAGUGGUUACACACAGCAAAAGAAACUCACAUAGCAAACAGCUCCUUUAAAAAGCCUAGUCUUCAAAAGCCUAACCACCUGUGUGCAUUGUACAGGUAAUAAAAUAAUCUGUGAGUUGAGGUUAUAGUCAUGGAUGUCAGUCCUGCAUCAUUAGCACACAUUUCUGACAGGGUGAAAUGAGGAAAUGGAUCUUGUCUGUCAUGAAAAAUGCACUGUAAAAUAACUAUUCAGUUCUGCAAAACUUCUGUUGGUGGAUGAAGCCUGAGGAGGUACCACAGAUUCAACAAAGAUGAAAAUUGUUGUGGAUUAGUCAGCAAACCAUAGCAAUCUGAGCAGUUCCUGCAUUAGAUAAACCAUUGCACAAUGUAUUCUUACCUACAAUGUGUUUUCUUCUGAAUGCAUUCUAGCACUAGAUUAAGUUUUCUUUAUCUUUUUUCUCAAUCCUUGAGAAAAAGGAGCUCUUGUACAUUACAAAUCAUAUAUAAAAGAGAACAUAUUCUACAAAUUGCAGUAAAAUAACAAAUUCUUCUAAAUAUAUUUUUGCUUUGUUUCAAUGUGACAGAAAACUGCAUCCCAUUCAUAUCUUAGUCCAGACAAACCAAAAUGAAAAAGAAAGCAGGAUAAUAUAUGAUAUACUGCCUUACUGUAUAUAAUAUACAAUUUUACUUUAAUAUAAGCCCAUAUGUUUAACAAUCUAUUUUUGAAGGCUAUUUUUCUAUUACCAAAAAAAAGAGCAAAAUAAAAUAUUUUUUAAUUUCCCAGUGCUAUUUAGCUACCUAGGAACUUUUCUCUUUCCUUCUGCUGAGGCAGUAAAAAGUGAAGCUAUAAUUUCUAUACAAAGCAUAAAAUUAAACUUUAUACUAAUUAAGAAUAUGGAGACUUUUUAAACUAUAUUUCUAAUAUAUUACAGAUAUAUUACUAUUUGAAUUGUAAGUUAUUUGUUUCACAGGUUUUUUCAUUACCUGUAAUUAUAUAAUUAAAAUAGAAUUUAGGUUUCAAGAGCUAAGGUUCUGUCCCUUUGAAUUUGUACUCUGAUGCCAAUUAUAAAUGAAAUGGGGUUCUCCUGCACUUUUCUCUGAGCCUGAAAGGAAAGUCGGAUUUUUCAUAUUGAAUUUAUUAACAUCAGUUUUGAAACCCAGCCUCCAAGGUCUGAUUCAGACCUCCACUGAAAAAGCAGUGGGAAUGAGGAGGCAAGUCCAUGUACUUGGGCUGAUCAUGUGUCCCCAGAACAGCAGUGGGAACAGUAAGGAUCCACUAUAUCCCAUGUAACUGAAGACAGAAUCAAAAUGAUAUUGUAGUGGCUGCAAAGUUGUUGUGGUCCUUCCUUCUUGAAACAAAAGUUUCAUUUACUCCAGAAAAGUAUGACUGCGUGAUGACUGAUUAAAAGUGGGCAAAGUAUUUAGCCAGUACCUCUAGCUUCAGGGGAAACUGGAAAUUUAAGGUGAGGGAAUGAUCCUGUACCUGCGAAGGAGAGUGUAUGUGAUAGAUGGGCUCCCUUUUGUUAGUCCCCUUCCUGAACAGCUUUACUUUUCCCCACAUUUUUAUGAUUUUAUGCACUGAGCAAGCCUUCCUGUGGUACAAGGUGCCUGCUGCAGAGCCAGACAAAAGAGAAUUUCAGAUUCUGAAGGUACCAUAAGGCCACAACUAAUCUGGCAAAUCAGAUUCUUACCCUUUACCUUCCAAGCCAUGGAACUGCUCAAGCACAGAUUAGGAGAACUGCCUAGCCUUUGCAUAGGCAGGACUGCAGAACUUAGCUAAUUAUCUGUGUGUCUAUAAACAUACAUGGUAAUGUAGACAUUAGGGUGGCAUCAGAUUUAGAGCCUGUACUCUAUACAGGCAACUGCCCACUUUCAGGGGCUGAUCUGAGCAGUCUGGAUGCUCUGCUGAAGGUGUGGGAAGGUAUCCUAGAUUCCUUAUUCAGCCACUUACUUAACACAUGAAGACACAAAGGGGCUACUCCAGGUAUCAGCCAGACAUAAAACUGUGUUCAGCUAUGGUUAACAGAAUAAUUUUACCAUAGAUACUCUGUAUGUAGUAUACCUUACAAAUUUCUAAAGAUGCUAGUACUGCAAAUAAACUCUUGAGUUAUGAGGAAACUUAUGCAUGUGGAAGUGUGUAAGCUGAUAACACACUGUGUCUGACAGUGUUUUAUUUACCCUUCAGUUUUCUGACUGAAUCUGACAGAGCUAACACCAUCAGACACACUCUUCUUUCUUUACACAGAUAGCUCUAUCUGUGUAGUUUCCUACACCAGAUGAUGUGCAAAAAGAUGCGCUGCUACAGGCCUUCUGGGAUGUAUCUGGUGAUGCACAGAAGCUACAGUACCUUAUCAAGCCUAGAGCCUAAAGAUGUUCCUUAUAGAGUAGAUUUCUUAGGUUAGAACACAGGUGACUACCCAGAUGUACGACAGUAACAGGCUGUUCCCACUGCAUCUUUUUACCUGAAGUUACUUUUCACCUGAAGCACACAGACACAACAGUUAGCAGAUUUUAUAUGAUUCAUCCUGCCUAACUGUAGCAUGUGUGCCUCCAGUAAUCCACACAGAAAGUUUCUCUGCUUUGUCAUAAAUGAAUGCUGAAACUGUAAACUAGUUGUAGCUUAAAUUACUAUGUGUGGUGUUGAGCAUCUCCCACCUUUGCUGAUGAAUGUUUCAAUAUGCCAAAUCAUCAUGGCUCUCCAUGGAAAGGGAAAGUCACCCACAGUGGAAAAGGGGCAUUUUCUUGCUGCUUUGAAGUUUUGGGGGAUUUGCUAGUUAAAUGUAAUUUGAAUGUAUUGUCAUAAAUAUAUUUAAUUCUUGGAACUGAACUAAUGUGCAGAUAGAUUAAUUUUCCCUUGGAUUUGCCUAUAUUUUUCAAAACACCCUGUUGCUCCCAGUACCAGAGCUUCUGAAAGUGACCUUAAACAUCUGAAAGUACAUUAAAAAAAUAAAAAACAAGUGUUCUGUAAAAUCAAAAUAACCUUCAGCUAAGUGUUUGGCCAUUUGAAUGUUUAAAUACUUAAUUUUUUAUGAUUGCGACAGUAUUUUUGCUUGCAGGUCUUUAUGCUUUUCAUUAGCAAGUACUUGAGUUUUUGCAGCACUUCGAUAGAGUCAAUCAGUGUAAAAAAUUAUGACACAACAGUGGGGAAAAACAGGCUCUUGACACCUCCUUUGAUAUCCAGAGGGAGGAACAGAAUUUACCCCAGGAACAGGGAUCAACCCUCUAGCUCUUGCACCAUUAGUCAAAUUUCUCACUUGGAAUAAUAGUUUCAAGACUUUGAAUGAUGUUUUCAACAUCAAAGUUAUCUACGUGUCAUUUAGAGUGUGAUCUACUUUGUGAUAGCAUAAAAGGUCUAAAAAGUAGCAUAAAGACUCUUCUACAGAAAUAGUUUUACAAAACUCCUGAAAUUUAACAUAUACAUUUUAUUUAAUUACCUUUACUUCUGACUCAGACUAAUUUUAACAUGCUUUCUUCAGUAUUGGCAAAUAUGAUUCAUUACCAUAUUUUUUUUUUACUAGAUUUGUUUUCAGCAGAGAUAUAUUUGAUGUACAAUUUUAGUAUUUCUGUGUAAUAUUUCAGACUUUAGAAGAAAUACAAACUAAUGAAUUGGCACACGCUCACAAAGCUCAGUAUCACAUAUGAUUAAGACUUUAAGUUUGGUCUUGAUGAUACUAUGUAACUACAAAGAUUAGUUAAUAAAAAUGCAGUGAAUUAACCUGAUAUAAUAUUAGUAAGAGGAUAUGUGUGUUUAUGGAGCAAACUGUAAAACAAAUAUGUAAUGAUGAUUUAUGUCAAACCAGUGAAUUUUGUAGUAUAUCUAUCUGUGUGUCUAUGUUUAAAUGGCUGAAAAAUAGACAGCUGCUUUAAAUGUCAUUCAAGUAUCCCAAGUGUAGUAGCAGCAGGUGUUUAAAAUGAAUAAGCAGAACUUUUUGUGCUCUCUGAAGCAUUGUAUAUGUGGGGCUUACAUCAUGAAGCCUGUAAGUGUAUAUCGUAAUUUCAUGGUAACUAAAUGAUCUGAAGGCGUUGUGCAAGGAAACUGAAGUUGCGUAAGCCUGUUGAUAGACAUCAGACAUCUUCUGCAAAGCCAUAAAGACAAAUGAAGUAAAAAAAGUGUCAUGAGAUCAGGCAUCACAUUCUCAAAUAAUUGCUACCUCAGGUUUUAUUUUUUUGUCCCUUUAAAAGGCAAGCAGGAAAAAGCAUUUUGCUUUUUUUGUGUGUAUAAAUUUGUGACUCAUUCUGUCAAGAAUUUAAAAAUCUCAUUUGUAAGUUCAAAUUAUUUUGUUAAGAAACAGCUUGUCAUGGAAUCAUCACUUCUGUUGUAGUGGCAGUAGGAGGAUGGAAUAUUUGAGAUGUGUAGCAAAAUUAAAUGCUUUAAUUAAUUUAUUUGAUUAAUUAAUAAAUUAAUUUAAUUAAAUGGAAAAAAGAAAGGUAAAGGAAAUUCCAUUUUUUAAGAAUAUCCUUGCUGCCCAGAUUAGCAGUCAAGCAUCAGUCCCUUUCCGGGCCUGAAAAGUUUUAUGGCACUAUUUGUAUUCCCAGGUCACUAGGACUGAUUGAGCCAAUUUUCCAGAGGUGCUCUCAUUCUGGAUCUCCUCUAUGGAACUUAGUGUUUAUCAAUAUUUGCUAUUUACAAUUACCUGUUUUCAACUGAGUUCCAAGGAAGCAAGCCUUUCAAGUCUGUCUCUGAGUAAAAAUGGAAAGCCCUGCUCUCAACUAGAUCAAACUGUCACACUAAAAACAGGCUCCAGCUCCUGUGGGUGUGGAAAGACAGACUGAAUUAUAACAGUUUGAAUAACCUUGUGGCCCAGCCUUGAAAACUAUUUUGAAAUAAAUCAGGGAUUUUCUUCGGGGUUUUUUUGUAUAUGUCAAGCAGAAAAAUAAAGAUAAAUGGAUGCCUAAACACAUAAUACAUGGGGAUAUAAAGAACUUAAAUAUGAUAGAAGCAUAGAACAGUUUAGGUUGGAAAACAGCUGUAAGGUCAUAAAGUCCAAAUGUUAACCCAGUCCUGCCAAGUCCUCCACUAAGUGACAGGAAGAGCAAAAAGGUUGCUGCAUGUGACAGAGAGGAAAAGGAGUACAGUCACUGUGGGAAGUACAUGGUAGAUGAUGAGGGAAAAAAUGCCUUUUGACUACAGCUGAGAAGAACGGGGGAAGAAGAGAAAAUGGAAGGGAAAGAAUCAAAUGUGAGAAUAGACAGUAAAAAAUAAGAACUAGCAGAACUGAGAGGAGGGAUAAAUGAGUUAGUGAGGGGAAAUAAAGGAAGAGAAGGAAAUACUUUUAUAUCUAAAGUGGGAAUGUGGGCAGCUACCUGAUAUAGUCCACAAAAUCAGUAAAGCCUUAUGCAGUGCUGAAGAGUUGGCAGAAUGCUGAAAUCAGCUACUAUGGAUCAGCUGUUAUAUAUGAGCAGGAAAAGCCCUAUACAUGAGAAGUGGUCAUUUGUUUUCUACCAGUUAUGGGAUUUUUCUUCCCCAUAUCUGACAUUGGUCCCAGGCAAAAACAAACCUUGAAGAGUCAGUCUCAGCAUCUGAUCUGACACUGUGUUUCCUACAUUCCUAAGGGAAAAAAUCAAGAGAAAUAAAGUGUACUGCACUGCUUUUAUAAACAACCUUCCAUUUUUCACACAGAUAUACAGGGGAGAUUUAUUUGUCCAUUUACAUUGUCCCACACAUAUGUCUACCAUUCUUAAGUAUUGUUUUGUUUUUAUUUAGUAUAUAUAAGGCAAUGACCUAGAAGCUCCAAGAGAAAAAAUACUUUGGGGAUAUUACUAAGCAGUCUCUUGGCAUUUCUGGGCAUUGUUUCACUUUGUACCUGUGACAAUGUAUCUUUUAAUACUUUCCUUAGCUGGGAAGUCACUACCUUGGUAAUAAAUUCUGAAAAUUACCAAGUGGGGUUUAAGAUACAUCUCUUCAGUAUGUUACAUUUUUAAAAGGCUCUAUUGUAUCUCUUGGGAGUAGUUAAGAAAAAAUACCUGAAUUAGUUGUGUGUCCUCUCAGAGUGCUGAUAUGCUAAAAGCUGAUCUUAUACUCAAGAUAUUGGUGCAUAGAGCAGUUAGAUAUAAAAAAGUCUUUUUUUAUAUAUUUCUCUUUUUGGAAGGUUUAUUGUCCUUUUCUACUUGGUGAUGCUGCUUGUCUUGGAUCUUGACAUUAUUUAACUAUUUUUUUUUUAACAAUGCUGCUUUUGGAUCUAUUUUUGUGAGCUUCUGAGUACCUUCACCUCAUUUUGACAUCAAUAAACAUUGAAAGAUUUCAUUUCAGUUCCUGCAAUGGUUAGUUUUAGAGACUUGUAGCACUGAGUAGAAUUUUUAGAGGAUGCUGGAAAUCACUGUACAAGUCACUUGUAGAAAAAAAUCCCUUCAGUAGAAUGGAAAAUUAUACAUGUUUAGAAAAAGGCAGAUUUUUCUACAGGCAGAACUAUAAUGACGUCGUAUCAUAUUUUUUAAUAUUCAUGAUGCUGUAGACUACUUUUAAUUCUCAUCCCUUUGUCUUUCAUUCCAAAAGGGAGAUGAAACUACUGCUCAGCUGUACUCAGAAAGAGCUCCUGGGCUGCUUUAGUGUUGUUUAUUUUUCAUUUUGGAAAGUAAAUUUUUUUUAUCCUGACUAUAAAAAUGGUUUAUCAGAUAUAAUACAACCAUCAGUUCUUAUAUAUGUGUUAUAUUGCUCAGAGAUAUUCAGCAUUAUCUUGGCUUCUGAAAUAUUUUUGUUGUGUUUUGUGUAUGUUUUAGUCAUUGUGUAAGAUAUAGCAAUACUGAAGGCACUGUUACAAAAAAGUACAGCCCAGAAAAAAAACAUGUUGGCAGUCAUUAACUAAUUGUAUUUGUUCAAAAUUCUGAUAUACUGUUAAGUGAGGAUGAAAGUCUCUGGAACUCCUUUGCCUUUAAUUGUGCCAGCAGUCUCUCAAAGAAACAAAACUGACACCUUCCGAAUAAUAUCCAGAAUAAACAGUAUAUUUUCAGCAGGGAAAGAGAUAACCCAAUAUUUAGAGCAAACUUAUUUCCAUUUGCAUAAAGCAUUUCAUUGGUAGAUUUGUAAUACAAGCUAGGCAUUUUUUCCAGUACAGUUUCAGAAUUUGUAUGCAAUGUGGAACAUGAGAGGUUAUCACAGCAUCAUUACUGUAGCAACAGAAUUACUUUAAGCACAAUUAUUCUGUGAACCAGAUCCAAAUUAUUUUGCAAAUUUCUAAAAUAGAAGAAAUUUUAAGAAUUAGAUUUCAUAUGUAGUAUGUACUUUGGUUGGAGAAUACUGGUAUAAAAGUAGUUGCUCAGGAAUUCUUCAUUGUUUCUAAAUGUAUCUAAAGGAAAAUGCUUUCAAAUACAUUUUUUAAGUUCUUAAUAUUGAAAAUGCUGGCUUUAAUAGAAUCUGUUAGUGUUUUCACUUGCAAGAUCAAUAUUGUUAUGACGUCUGUAGCUUUCUGAUGAAUUAUCUUUUGUCAUUGUAAAAUCUCUUUGCAAUGGUGUUCGCAUUUCAGUUCAAUAAAGGUUCGUGAAUAAAAUUCA